AACAUUUUCAGAUUGAUCGACGAAUCAGUUGUUCACUUGAAGAAACAGUUAAACAAUAAUUAUCAACCAAAAAUCUGAAGACAACUGUAAGAAAGCGCCGCUUGUGGUCGUUUUCCUCUAGAUAGGCGACCGUAAAAUGGCAGAAGCGAGUGUCUCCUGGGCUGAGGACCAGUUCAUGUGUCCGGUGUGUCUGGAUCUCCUGCAGGAUCCAGUGACUAUUCCCUGUGGACACAGUUACUGCAUGACCUGCAUCACAGACUGCUGGAAUCAGGAGGAGCAGAAGCGAAUCUACAGCUGUCCUUUAUGCAAACAGAGCUUCACCUCGAGACCUGCUUUAGCUAAGAAUGUGGUGUUUGCUGAAAUGGUGGAGAAACUGCAGAAGACCAGACUCCAGACGGCUGCGCCAGCUUCUGUUCACACUGGAUCUGGAGAUGUGGAGUGCGACGCCUGCACUGGAAAUAAGCAGAAAGCUGUGAAGUCCUGUCAGGAGUGUAGAAACUCUUAUUGUCCAGAUCACCUCCAACAGCAUGAGAAUCUCUUCAGAGGUCGAGGACACAAUCUGAUGGAGGCCACUGGACGACUGCAGGAGAUGAUCUGCCCUCAGCAUAAUAAAGUGAUGGAGAUUUACUGCCGCACCGACCAGCGCUGCAUCUGUAUGCUGUGUUUGGUGGAUGGGCACAAAAAUCAUGACACUGUGACAGCUGCAGUGGCAAGAGCAGAGAAACAGAAACAAUUUGAGGAAGCACAGAGAAACAUCCAGAAACAAAUCUUGGAGAAAAAGAAAGAUCUUAAGCAGAUGAGAGACGCCAUGGAGUCUCAGAAGCACUCUGCACAGAUGACAGUGGAGGACAGCGAGAGGGUCUUCGCUGAACUCAUUCGUGAUAUUGAGAAACGUCGCUCUGAGGUGACGAAGAUGAUCAGAGAACAGGUUAAAGCCGCUAAGAGUCGCGCUGAAGAGCAUGUGGCGCGACUGGAGCUGGAGCUCGAUAAUCUGAGGUUCAAGGAUUCAGAGCUGAAGAAGAUUGUGGAGACAAAAGAUCAUAUUAACUUCCUCAAGAGUUGUCCGUCUUUGUCUGUCUCUGGAUCUUUAGACAACGUCACUGUCAGUUCUCGUCCCUCUUUUAAUGAAGUGAUGAAAUCCAUCUCUCAACUUCGAAACAAACUGCAGCAGUUCUUCAGUGAAGAGAUGGACAAUAUAUCUAAGAAAGUCAAAACCGUGCAGGUCGUCAUCUCUCGUGAACAAGCAACCAGGAAGGAGUUUCUACAACAUUCUCAUCCACUGACCCUGGAUCUGAACACUGUGAAUAAUUGGAUUAAUCUGCAUGAGGGGAACACAGUAAUGACGGUCACAAACAUACGACAGCCAUAUCCGGAUCAUCCACACAGAUUUGAUUCUUGGACUGAAGCCCUGUGUAGAGAGCCUGUGUCAGGCCGCUGUUACUGGGAGGUGGAGUGGGCCGGUACUGGGAGAAAAGGAGUCGAUAUAGGAGUGAUGUACAAGAGCAUGAAGAGAAAGGGAGAUGGAAAUGACAGCACCGCUGGACGUAAUGAUAAAUCCUGGAGUUUGUUCUGCUCUCCCGAGUAUUGCUCAUUCUGGCACAAUAACUGCGAGACCGUCCUGCCUGUAAGCUCCGUUUCCAGUAAAAUAGGAGUGUUCGUGGACCCCAGCGCAGGGGUUUUGUGUUUCUACAGCGUCUCGGACACAUUAAGCCUCAUUCACAGAGUCCAGACCACAUUCACUCAGCCGCUCUAUGCUGUGUUUGGAUUAGAUCGACAGACUGUGCUGAAACUGCCCAGCCAGAUCAAUGAUGCUGAUAUUAUACAGCUUGCUAUGUUAUAUCACACUCUGAUGAUGUCAUGAGGAUUAUCUCGUAAUCAGAAAUCACCACUGAAUGAUUAUCAACUAAGACUCUUGAAUACAGAAGACGACUCCUCUAGUUAUGAAUGGGGAAAAGUGUAAUGGUCAAUAUGGCGAAUGAAGCCACGCCUUCUAGUACAGGAGCCAAUCACUGAUCGAUAUAGAGUGACGAUUCUGCGGGGGAGGGGCUUAGUUCAAAUGUGUGUUUUUACAGCAGUUUCUGCAGCUCCAUCAUGAACCCUCUUGGGUCAGCAAACACACCAGAAUCUUAGCAAAUCCUUGCUUCAUACAUUUGAGAAAUACAGGCGUUGGACAAUAAAACUGAAACACUGGAUAAUUUAGUGUUGGAGGUUUCAUGGCUAAAUGUGAGCAGCUGGUGGCCAAUAUUCAUUGAUUGCACAUUCCACCAGGAAGAGCAGAGUGUUUAGGUGCCUUCACUGAUUUUCCCACAUCCAGGAGAGUUACGGUGUUGAGAAGCCCCACAGAAGUGUCCGACCCAGACUGUUGCAUGCCCAGAAUGAAGCAUGGGGUGGAUCAGUGAUGGUUUAUGCUGCAAUAUCAUGGCAUGCCCUAGGCCCAAUACUUGCUAGAAGUCUACCGAACCACUCUGGAGGACCAUGUGCACCCAAUGGGUCAAACAUUGUAUCCUGAAGGUGUUAUCAUGUAUCAGGAUGAUAAUGCACCAAUACACACAGAAAGACAGAUGACUGAGGGGUUUGAUGAACAUGAAAGUGAAGUUGAACAUCUCUCAUGGCCUGCACAGUCACCAGAUCCCAUCAUUAUUGAGCCACUUUGGGGUGUUUUGGAGGAGGGAAUCACAUUCUGAAGGUGUUUCAGAGAUGAUCGGCAAGUGAAAUUACUUCUUUUAAAAAAACGUUGUUAUUAAUCAAUAAUACACUGUAAGAAACAUCUGUAAAUUAGUUAUUGCGCAGAUUGUGUGAUCAGGCUCUGCACUCCUGUUGGCUCUUAGACUGACACAUUACAAAAUCAGACUGCAGGAAAGAGUUUGUAAUCUUCUGAAUCUGCCAGAACUUAAUCGGAGGGAACAUCUGAUCACAACGGCCGUUAACGUCAAAACCAACAUUCAAAGAUCACAGAUUUUAGCCUGGGAUUCCAGGAAUCUUUUAGGAUUACCCAAAUCUGUCUCAGACGAUCAAAUCAUGGCUGAAAUCCCACUGUGUGCAGGGCUUUAGAGCAUUGUCUGAGAUGGUAACAGCAAGGUAUUACAACAGUACUGUACAGUACUUUCAAGUAUUCGUCAAACAUCAAGCCAAGAUUUCUUGCACACAGGGAAAUAUCGACAUGUAACACACAUCAGAUAUUUUGAACAGUAAGAGCAGAGUGUAUAGGUUCCUUCACUGUCUAUCCCACAUCCAGGAGAGUUAUGGUGUGGAGAAGCCCCAAAGAAGUGUACCACCCAGACUGCUGCAUGCCCAGAGUGAAGCAUGGGGUGGAUCAGUGAUGGUUUGUGCUGCAAUAUCAUGGCAUUCCCAAGGCCCGAUACUUGCUAGAUGGGCGCGUCACUGCCAAAGUCUACGGAAGCAUUCUGGAGGGCCACGUGCACCACAUUUUUCUCCCACAGCAUCAUGUAGUGACCUGAACACCCCUGGCCACUGUGCAGGACUUGUGUCUGUCAUUCCCAAGACUAAUAGAUGCUGUAUUGGCUGCAAAAGGAGGCCCUUCACCCAGUGCUUAAUUUGUAAAUAGCGAGGUCCCGGAUCAGAUCAGGGCCACGGAUCCGGCAUGCUAGGAGCUAAAGGUGUCGCAGACAAAAAUGAAGAGGGGGUGUUGGGGGGAUGUGGUGUCCAGGAUUAAAGUGAAAUGAAAAGCAGCGGGGGGCAGUGGAGGGUGAAGAAAGAUGAAGAGGAAUAAAAUUGGGGAGUCUCGGAAGGAAGUGAAGAGCGGUGGUGCGUGUGAGGAGAGGGAUCGUUAAAAUGAGGUGCCGGAUCAGAUUUCAGAGGUGCCUGCUUUUUCCAGCACAAAUUAAUCCCUGCAUACAGCAUACUAAUGAAUUAUUGUGGUCUAGAACCAAGCAUUUCAGAUAUAUUGUCCAAUCCCUGUACUGUAUAUCCACAUAAGGCUUUUAAUGAAACAACUACACUUGAAAACAAAUGUUCUCUGGUUUUGUGAUCCAUAUGAAAUGAACGGGAGGUAGAAUCUGUGCCAUCAAACGCACACCAUAUGACCGCAGAGUCGCUGUCAUUUUAUAAGGAGAUUUGUAUACAUUCAAAUAUACGUUGGGAAUUACUUGAGAUGACCAGAGUGAUCAGACGAGGCUUUAUUCAGAGGAUGAUAGUAAUAAAGCCGUAAAUGAGGUUAGUGUCGUGAUCUCGUUCCCUUCAAGUCCGCAUUAGAUUGGGCAACCUGAAAAUAUGCAUGUGAUUGUUCUAUUUUAUUUCUCUAUAUCUUAUUUCUUAUACAUUAUAUUAUUAUUUCAAACUCCUAAAAUGUCAAUAAAAGUCUCUUUGUUAAACUGCA